CUAGGAUACCACCUGACUAUGCCACAAGUCUAUGUAUCCCACGCAAGAGCCAGCAAUGAUAUUACGCAAACCGUGUCGGCUUCUCUAAGAUUCGAUAGGUCCUUGAGCAGCGUGGGCAGCGAGAACAGGAGAUAAACAUGAGUGAGGAACAAAAGAGUAGAGGCGCGGGCCGUCAAACGGCUGGUCAAUGGAGAUGCGACGUCUGCAAUCGCACCAUGAAUGUCCAGAACAGGGAGAGCCAUCUCUCUGGUAAAGCCCAUCGAGACCUUACAGCUGCUGGAGGAAGUCAGCAUGCGGGGACAUCGACGGAAAGAGCGUCUCGUUGGAAAUGCGACAUCUGCGACAAGAUGAUGAAUAGUAGGGAAAAAGAAAGCCACCUCUCCGGGAAGAGUCAUCGUAAGCGCGUAGCUGCUCAGCAGAAUCGCCACUCCAAACCGCCUCCCCCACAAUGGAAGUGCGAUGUUUGUGGCUGCGUGACGGAUGUUAAAGACAAGGACGCCCAUCUCUCUGGUCAACCCCACCAAGACUUGGCUGCUCGUCAAAGUCAGCAGAGCAGGGUGCCUCCGCCAGGAGGGAUCAGCUGGAUGUGUAAUGUUUGCAAGGAGAUGGUGUAUGUUAGGAAGGAAACCCAUCGGCACAGCACGCGCCAUCGAGAACUAUUAAAGUCCAUGCAGCGCCCCGCUGGGCCUAGAGGCGAAUCGUCCUCUUCCACAGUUGGUGUCGCACAAUGGAUGUGCGACUUCUGUGACCAAACGAUGCUCGCGAAUAGGAAGGACAACCAUUUGUUUAGUCAAGGACACAGACAAAAAGUGCUGGCUGAGUAUAUUAAGCCAGAUUGGCGAUGGGAGCCUCGAUGGAGGUGUGAUAUUUGCGACCAGACGGUGAGGGCCGAGCAGAGAGAGAGCCAUCUCUUCAGUAGAAACCAUCGAGAUCUCGAGUUGGAUGUCCUUCGGCACAGCGCCGGGAAAGCGAUGGUAGGAGAGGUGCUUUGGAUGUGCAAUGUCUGUGGUCAGACGAUACAUAAGAAGAGGAAGGAAAUACAUCUCGCUAGCGACCGACACCGAACUCUAAGUAUGUUUCGGAGCGUUCCUACGCUAUCUGCGUUUGAAUCGGACGCACAUCGUAAGGUGGCACUUUCGAACCUCAAGUAUUGAAUGAUUCUGGGGCCACCUGGCGAACGUACUAACUAUUUUUUCAGCCCUCGUGCUGUCCUGCCAUUUUCAUUUUUCGUAUGCCUUCGUCUAUAUGAUUCAUGUCUUUACUAAAUACCUGCCUGGUCUAUUCAGUACGCAGUCCUAUGUCAAGAAGUAUUUACUUCGUGUAUUUUUUCUCCUGUCAGAUGCUCUUGAGUUUUGACUUUUCAUUGUUUUUAAUCAGCACAGUGUGUACGUACCGAAUUCUCUUUAAAUUUUUCAGAAGGUCAAAUAGGUAGUUGCAUUUCGUUCAGUUGUAGCCAUUAUGACUACCUACCAUUUUCGAGCAGUGGUAUCCGGGACAAGCCUCAGGUAAUGGACGUUAACGAUAAGGGGCUGCAGUACAAAUAAGGCAAA